AAUUGGUUGGGGGAAUUUUCUAUUGAUAAUUUCUUAAAUUCUCACACUUUAGAGACUGUUAAGGUCUCUCACUUUAUUAGCAACAAUAAUUGGAAUUUGGAUAGACUUAAUCAGAUAUUGCCUAGUUGUUUAGUUACAUCAUUUUAUCUAUUCCUUUAAAUAUCAAUAGUUUGGAUAAAAUUUUGUUUUCUGCUUCUUCUGACGGUAAAUUUUAUAUGCAUAAUGUUUGGGAGAAAUUCCGUACUCAUUUGGAUAAGUCUAAUAGAUUUUCGGCUAUUUGGCAUAAUACUUUCCCUAUUACUUACUCGACUUUUGUGUGGAGGUGUUUCAAAGGUUUUCUACCUGUGGAUAAUCUUCUUCAAAAGAAAGGUUUCAUGUUAGCGUCGAAAUGUUUUUGUUGUUCUAAUUUGGAGGAUGUUAACCACCUCUUUAUUAAUGGUAGGGUUGCGCAAAAAGUGUGGCUUUAUUUUAAUUCAAUGUUUAAUAAAAAUGUUGAUUUUAGCCCGGAUAAUUUGUUUUCUAUGGUGGAUAGUUGGUUCACUUCGACUAAAGGGCAUAUUACUAAUCUCAUGCCUAUUCUUAUCUUAUGGUAUAUUUGGAAAGCGCGUAAUGAUGCUAAACAUGAAACUAUUAAGAUGGAUGAUACUAAUAUUAAUAACAAUGUGAUAAGGAAAAUUAAGAACUUGUAUUCUUGCAAUGUUAUUAAUUACAAAACUUUCUCUAAAUCUUCUAAUGUGGCUGUUAAGCUGGGUAUCCAGCUGAAUAUUGCCAAUUCUAAUCAGUUGGACGCGGUGGUUUACUGGGUUAAACCUAGACCCCCUUUUGUUAAACUGAAUACUGACGGGUCUGUUGGUUUAACUCAUGCUGGAGCGGGUGGCCUUAUUCGUGAUGCUCAGGGUGAGAUUAUCUCUGGCUUUGCUGCUCCUGUUAAUCGGUUGGAUGUUGUUUGGGCUGAACUGAAUGCUUUAUUUUUGGGUGUCCAGUUGUGUUUAAAAGAGGGUUAUACUGAUGUGUGGAUUGAAUUGGAUUCUAAAUUGAUUGUCACGAGUAUUAUAAGGAAUUUUAUUGGUAAUGCUAGGAAUUUCUAUAUUAUGAGGAAAAUUAGAGAUAUUCUGCUUACUUUAAACUUUAGGAUUUCUCAUAUUUAUAGAGAAGGAAACAUGUGUGCUGACUGGUUGGCUAAGAAGGGAGCUCAUCUGGUUGAGUAUGAAGAAAUUGAUAUUCUUAAUUUGGAUAUCUUCUUUAAAGGUAUGAUAUUAGUUGAUAAAGUGGCUUUGCCUAAUUUCAGACAUGGGUGAGUGUUGUUUGUUUGGGUUGUGUGAUUUUUUGUUUUCUCUAUUUUGGCUAUCUUUUAUUCUGGGUUCUGGCUCUGCUAUGAUUUUUAUGGAAGCUUAUUUUUCUUUUUGUAAUUGCUGGAGGUGUUGCUGGAAAGGUUAUAAGAGGAUUUUGAGUUUAGGCUACUGGUGGGGUCUGCCUCUUGUUUUUGCUAUGUUUUGCUUUUCUCGGCAGUUGUAUUGGCAGCUUCGUUGGGGGUUUAAGCUUGCUUAUUCGUAUUGUCUUAUCUGGAGUGGUAUUUUAAAUGAUGGGAUGAGUAAUAGUGGCAAAAAGUUUGAGUUACUGUAUGAGCUGUUGGGCUCCCUUUAUUUUUCUGGUAAAGUUGGGAGGCUGGAUUGGUUGAGACGGUUGCUGAACUAUUUGUUUGAGCUGAUUAAUUCUGUGAUGCUGAUAUUAUUAGUGAAGAGUUUUUGCAGGUUUUUGAACGGAGGAACAUAUGCUUCGUAUAAGGUUUGGAUUCUAUUUUUUGUUCCUUUUUUUGUGCUUUUUUGUGUCAAUUUUUGCAGGAGAACGGAGCUGAAAGGUUUUAAGAUUCGUUGGCUUCUCCUUUUUUGGGUGCUGUUGCUUUACAGCCCGAUCUCCUUGGAGCGUUAGAGAGCUGGAGGAACCUCCUAAGGACUUUGUAACCGAUUAUUUAUAUCAACGCGUAGGCCCCU